AUGGCACCUCCAAUAGAGGUCUCCCAGGUCUCUGAGCCAUCAAGGGCCCAGUUGGCUCUUGCGCUGGCAAUUGUGAAGCAGAAACCCCCAGGAACGGCAGUCAAGGAUUAUAUUCUACAAUUCAGGAAAUGCAUCAAGCAGGUAGAAGAAAACAGCAUUAUUGUCUCAAACAAGUUCCUUGAUAGCGUGGCCUUCUGGCAGACGGCAUACAAGAAGUCUGAGGCGGAGCAAACCAAGCUGCUCAACACCAUCUACGAGCUGGAACAACGGAACGAGAGCCUCCUCACUAAACUUCACAUGGACCCGACAACAAGCGACAGCAAGAAAAUACCAGCAACAAAGCGUAAAGCAUUCUGUGAGGUUGUGAACGGCUCCGAUGCCAGCAGGAAGAGAGGGAAACGUUCUCCACCAACUACCCAGUCGCAGAAGGACCCUGCUGCGCAAGGGAACGAGAUAGAACAUGAUCAAGGAAUUGCAUUCACGGGACAGAUAUUUGCACUUCAGCGAGCCCUACAGAAGCGUCGCAAAAGCAGCCUCCUCGCCAUCGAUGCCGUUAUAUUAUGCAAAGAGGCAGAAACUGAGCUUCUGAAUGCCAUUCAAAGGGAUAUUUUGUUGGCGACACAAUCAAAGAUCUCCCAGCCACAGCAAACCAAGUGGCCUGGUCUCAUCGCUGUCCUGAACGCCGUUGAGCUAUCAUUCCAGCUCGUCCGCCAGGCCCUACACAAGAUCCCUAGCUCUGCGAAUGAAAAACAGCACAAAAAUCAGAUUGUAUACUAUAUGGUGUGUUUGUUCGAGUCUACUAUGACCGGACUUACCCAACAUUGCACUGCCAGGUCCAAAGAGAAAGACACAGAAAAUGGUGUUCCGAUCAGCACAAAGACUACACGGCCGAGUGUUAAUGGGAGCAACUCAGGUAAGCACUUGCCCAGCGCCAAAGGUGAUACAGCAAGCCUUCUCGUUGCAAUGCUAUGCAAAACUGCCCUUUCAUUGGACCUGGCUCGUCAGGAUGACCAGGAGGUUAUGGAGGGAUUCCUCUAUAUUGUGCUCAACCGGGUUGGAAAGAUGCUUGCUCUUUUCGUCUUCAACCGCCUCCAGUUACCAUCCGUUGUAUGCCCCAAAAUGGGAACGCCCGAGGGUCUAGCGGUAAUGAGGGAGGAAGCUCUAUCGCCGCAACAUGCUCAACUUGAAGCAAGGCAUCUUAUAUGCUUUCUCAACAGAGUGCUUAGUGGCGGACCUCUUUGCUCCGAUGCUUCCCCUGUGCAAGCCCAGUUUGUUCGAAAGGUGAAGACUCAACUACAGAAGAGCUUACUCAAGGCGGUUUUCGGUGAUGCGGAUCCUCUGUUCCAAAACGGCUUGGUGCGACCUGCGACUCCGCCUCCCCAGGAUCAUGACGGACGACGGAGAGAUCGACCAGUGUUCUCCGAGUGGUUUACGCAAGAGUUAUGGCGCCUGGUUGGCUGGGAUUUGUUAGGCUCAACUAUUAGCCCUAGCUAG